GAGAGAGCUGUGGCUCCCUCUAUUGGUCAAAACUAUCACAAUUAACCUUAGAAUGCCUUAAAAACAAUAUCAUUAACUCCAAACUUUUUUCAUCGACGCCUGCAGCUGAAAAUGACAUCUCUACAGUCACAGUGGAUUUUAUUUAGUGCUACUGGACUAAAUUAAACGAUUGACACUUUACAGUGAUUGGGUUGUUGUUCAUGUAGACUACAAUAGGGUAGUCUAUUUAAAAAAGAAGCCAAAGACAAAAAGAAGCGCGCUUGGUGAAUGACAACAAACUGCUUUUGCUUUUCAUGACAUUGAUUUUCUAUUAGAAGUCUCCUAGCGUGUGAGCAUACACAAAUCAGACCACACCCACUUUUAGGAUCAGGAAAUCGCAUUUUGGAGAUAACAAAACUGUAAGUCUACUCUGCAGCACAGCUGUCUUACUACAAUGUCACAACUGGAUAAACCACAACGACCACCAGCGAUAGACUUCCAUGGAGUCUGUAUGAGCAAAUACUUCACAGAGAACUGGGACAAUGUUCAGAGCUUUAAAGCCAGACCAGAUGAUAUCCUCAUAGCAACAUACCCCAAAGCUGGAACAACCUGGGUGUCGUUUAUUAUUGAUCUGCUCUAUUUUGGUCAAACGUGUCCAGAACGUCAGACGACUGUCCCACUCAUCCAAAGAGUGCCUUUCCUGGAAAUAGCACUUCCUUCUCAACCAUCAGGAAAGGAAAUGGCUGACAAGAUUGGAACUUCUCCUAGACUCAUUAAAUCUCACCUCCCCGUCCAGUUUGUACCCAAGUCUUUCUGGGAAAACAACUGCAGGAUAGUGUAUGUGGCCCGCAAUGCUAAAGACAGUGCAGUAUCUUAUUAUCAUUUCACACGGAUGAACUAUGUACAGCCUGAUCCUGGAGACUGGGGAACAUAUUUAAAUAGCUUCAUGAAUGGAAAAGUGGUGUUUGGGUCCUGGUAUGACCAUGUGAACAACUGGUGGAAAAGAAAACAAACAUAUCCAAAAAUUCACUACAUGUUUUAUGAGGACUUGAUAGAGGACGCAUCAAGAGAAAUACUGAGACUCUCUGACUUUCUGGGCCUGUCUCCUUCAGCUGAAGAACUAGACAAAAUCAAAGCAACAACUAUGUUUGAUAGUAUGAAACACAACAAGAUGAUCAAUUAUUUUACAUCUGGAAUGAUGGAUCAGAAGGUGUCUCCGUUCUUAAGAAAAGGGAAAGUUGGUGAUUGGAAGAACCAUUUUACUGUGGCCCAAAAUGAAGAGUUUGAUGAAGACUACAAGCAAAAAAUGAAGGAUUCUGCAUUAGUUUUUAGGACUGAAGUUUAGCUAUUGCAGUGCCAUUGGCCAUAGUAUGAAAUUACUUACGGAAGUGCUAGCAGAUUUGCAUGUGUUUUUAUUAUUAUGUGCUGCAUGAGAUGUGGUAUAAAUGUAAAUACAUGAUGAAUACACAA